CGCCCGACGCCCCGACUGCUCCCGCGCUGACCGUCCCGGGAGGGAGCCCGCCGGAGCCCCGCGGCCGCGCGCCCCGCACAGAACAGAAGGCUGAGCUAUGAUAGCAACUGGGGGAGUGAUAACGGGCCUGGCCGCCUUGAAAAGGCAAGAUUCGGCGAGAUCGCAGCACCACGUCAGCCUCAGCCCGGCGCCUGCUGCCCAAGACAAGAAACCGGCCCGGCGUCGGCCUCAGGCCGACGUCGUAGUGGUGCGGGGCAAAAUCCGGCUUUAUUCCCCAUCUGGGUUUUUCCUCAUUUUAGGAGUGCUCAUCUCCAUUGUAGGAAUCGCAAUGGCAGUCCUUGGAUACUGGCCCCAAAAAGAACAUUUCAUCGAUGCCGAGACAACACUGUCAACCAACGAGACCCAGGUCAUUCGGAACCAGGGUGGCGUGGUGGUCCACUUCUUUGAGCAGCAUUUACAUUCUGAUAAGAUGAAAAUGCUCGGCCCUUUCACCAUGGGUAUUGGCAUUUUCAUUUUCAUCUGUGCCAAUGCCAUUCUUCACGAGAACCGUGACAAAGAAACAAAAAUCAUACACAUGAGGGACAUCUAUUCCACGGUCAUCGACAUCCACACGCUGAGGGUCAAGGAGCAGAAGCAUAUGAAUGGCCUUUACACGGGUGUGAUGGGAGACUCGGAGGUUAAACAGAAUGGGAGCUCCUGUGCCUCGAGACUGGCAGCAAACACCAUCGCGUCUUUAUCCGGCUUUAGGAGCGGUUUUCGGAUGGACAGCUCCGUUGAGGAGGAUGAGCUUGCGCUGAAUGAAAAUAAGAGUUUGGGGCAUCUCAUGCCACCUUUGCUUUCUGACAGCUCUGUCUCCGUCUUUGGCCUCUACCCGCCUGCAUCCAAGACGACAGAGGACAAGACCGGUGGCCCCAAGAAGUGUGGAACCAAAUCAAUUGUGUCGUCAUCCAUCAGCGCUUUUACCUUGCCUGUGAUCAAGCUUAACAACUGUGUCAUUGACGAGCCCAGUAUAGACCACAUCACUGAGGCUGCGGACAACCUCAAGAGCAGGGCGAGAAACUUGUCCAUGGACUCCCUGGUGCUCCCUCCGCCCGACGCCGGGGAGCCCUUCCAGCCGGUCGGCACGGCCUUCUCGAGGAAUCAUUCUGUUGGCGAGUCGCUGUCGAGCCAGUACAAGUCCUCUGUGGCCCUCGGACCCGGGGCCGGACAGUUCUUAUCUCCUGGGGCCGCGAGAAGACAGUUCGGGUCCAACACAUCUUUACAUUUGCUCUCGUCACACUCAAAAUCCUUAGACUUAGACCGGGGUCCUUCUACCCUAACUGUUCAGGCGGAGCAACGGAAACACCCAAGUUGGCCUCGGUUGGACCGAAGCAACAGCAAAGGCUACAUGAAACUAGAGAAUAAAGAGGACCCCAUGGAGAGGCUGCUUGUGCCCCAGGCUGCGAUCAAAAAAGACUUUACCAACAAGGAGAAGCUCCUCAUGAUUUCCAGAUCGCAUAAUAAUUUGAGUUUUGAACAUGACGAGUUUUUGAGUAACAACCUGAAGCGGGGAACUUCUGAAACCAGGUUUUAAUGUUCAAAAAUAUAUCAUUUUACAAGGCUAUAUAUUUUAAAACUAUUUUCACCAGUGUUUCCUUGUAAAAGUAUAGGUUAUAAGCCUUUUUAUUAAUCAAAUGGUUUGUAGUGGGUUUGACCUGGCUGUUUAAUUCUGUGUGGGAGAUGGCUGCUUAUGUUUGGGUUGCUCAUGGUUGCAGUUCUUUCUACGAUUGCACAUGGUUUAGUGUUUUCCCUUCCUUUGGAAGCAUUAUCUCUUUUAUUGAUAUGAACACACCAGACUCCCAUCUGAACUACAGCUCCCUUUUCUUUACUUUCAAGUUCUCGCGUUGAUGGUCAUCUGCAUAGAAUGAAGUGUCCAGUUCAGAAAGGGCAGGGUACCAAUGUGUGGACCCACAGUACCAAAUUUAGGCCCAAGACUCAAAAUAAACUUAUAGAUGAACAUGAGUACAAACCAUAGGCAUGAUUUUCUAAAUGAUUGCUUUUUUAAUUUUUUUUUUACAAAAUCAGAUAAAUUAUUCAAAAGGAAAAAGAUCUAGUUUCUGUGUGAGCGAAAUAAUGUGAAUUGGUGAAAUUGGUUUAGCUCUAUGUGAGCUAAUUGAUAGGAAUUAAGUUGGUUGUGACUAGUUCCCUGAGCUCUGGGUAGGUAUAUCUUUUUUCAAUGUUAGUUCUAUUUUAGGGAUAUUUUAUAUAUAAAAAAAAAAAAACCAUGUAUUCGAGAACCAUGGCUGAGAAUGCCAGGUAUUCUUAGGGAUAAAUAUCAAAAUGCUAUUAGCUAUAACUUUAGAUAUUCAGAAUUAGAAUCUCUUUGCAACUAACUCAGAAAAGGAAUGAGCCAAUUUAGUUUGUAGGAAUGCUAUCUUGAAAUAAUUAUAUACAUGAAGAAAAUGUUGACUAGUCACAAAAAUACACUAUGGGUUAGUUAACAGUAACUAGGCUCAGUUACUCCCUCCUCGCCAUCUCUUUUGUCAUCCAGCAUUCCCACAUCCUUCUUUCCCCUCAACAUUUUUUAGAUCCUGUUCUUUGGGAAAUAAUCAGCUAACCUUGACAUUUCAUUUUAUCUUUGUGUAUCACUAGCUUGGUGAUUCAAGAAAAUUUAAUCCUUGACAAAUGGCCUUGAAAUUUACCUUGUGCUGGAAAGCCUUAUGAAGACCCCAAAGACUUUCUUAGGGUGUAAUACAUUUUUGGAAUUGUGGCUGUCAGUCACCGAAGAUAAUAAACACGAAAAUGAAUGUUUCCAUCAGAAAAUGUUCAUGUUUUCCAUUAAGGUAACAUUUAAUUGUAAGAACUGUUUAAUGGAAUACUCAGGAAAUUUUACAGAUUCUUCCCAAUGCCUAAAUGUUUCUGAGUGGCAUCAGCAUCAGUAUCAUUGCAGCUCUUGUGGAAAGGGAGAAGGAAAAUACAUCUCUGUCCGUAGCUCCCCACAAUCCCACCUUGUGUUGGCAUCCGAGCUUCCCUGAAUUGAGUCAGUGUUACUUGUUAGAACACCAAGCUUGUGUAUCGUUAUAGAGUGAGUUCAAGAUUUUGCUAUAAAGCAUUGAAUAAACUUCUGUUCUUAAUAGAAAUUUGUGUUCUGCCUACAUUUGCUAUUAUUUUUAAAUGAAAUGUACAAUUCUGUUUAAAGUACUGUUGUUCAAACUUUCAAGAUGUAGUCUCCUGGAGGCACUUGAUCCUGUAGGAUGUGUAUUGGGUUUUGUGGCUUUCUUAUUUUGCUUCUAUUAAAGAGCUGGGUCUCUCCACU